AUGCCAAUCAUUUCAGCUACUGGCUCUCUUGUGUCGUCGUCACUCUCCGAUGGGUCUUCUCCAAUCGCCGCCGGCAGCACCAACGGCAACAAUGCGCUGCCCACCCCUGGCUCAGGCGGCGGCGUCAAUGGCACAUCAGGCAGCCUCAGCAAGAACGGCGGGCUAUCCGCGGGGGCUAUCGCAGGCAUCGUUAUCGGUCUAUUCCUGCUCCUCCUACUCGCUAUGCUGUGGCUCAUGCACAGGCGGGCACGCGCGAAAACACGGGCCAUGCUCAACCAACUCGAACCGCACGCCUUCGUCACCGCCUCGCCAAGGCCCCACGCGUCGUCGUCGCCGACUCCACUGCCGCCACUUUCGGAGAACUACCUCUCGAUGGCACCGAGCGCGGUCACCACGCUCCCGCCGUACGGCUACAUGUCGGAGUACGACCCGUACGCCGGCGUGGGCGACCCCGCGCCCGUUGCGACACCCGCGCAUCGUCCCGUAGGGCAUGACGCGCCACUGCGGCGACAGCCGGAGGACUUCACGCUCUUCCUCCAGCAGCGCAACCGCCCAAGCGGGCGCUCGCCCAGGAGCGAAGACGGAUCACGCGCUGUCCAGUCUGGGACGUCGGACGGCGCCCAAGCGACCUCCCCGCCUUCCCCGCCUUCCAUGUACUACCGCCCCAACAUGGCGAAAGCCGCAUCAGGACUGGUCCUGCACACAGGUCCCGCAUCGACCUCGGGCGCGUUGCACGGCGGGUCAUACUCAGACCCUUCCGCCGCCGCGCCUCCUCCUGCGGACGCAGAAGACAUCGCGAGCCCAAUCGGCUUCGCCUGGCCGCCCACGCCGUCGUCUGCGAUGUCUAGCAUGCCAUCGACGCCCGCUGCACUUCCGUUGCCUGCGCCUUCUGCGGCGUUCGCGCGUUCGCGCUCGUCGCCCGGGCACGCCGCGGACGCGAACGCGCGCCAGCCCCCCGCGUCCCUCUCCUUCGCCUCCGCGCCCCUUCCCGCCCCUCCCAUCAUACCAGAGAAAUCGCGAGAAGACCACCCCGCAGCCACCGCCACCACCCGCCCCCGCGAGAAGCGCGACCGCACGCACGCCCCGAGCGCGAUGCCCCCUUCUCCUCCGCGCGCGCACACCCCGAGCGUAGGGGCGGAAGACGACCUCGGCAGCUCGUGCUCGCUGCGGACGACGUCGUCCGGGAUCACGGAGUACUCCGUCGACGGCGGCGUGCGUCUCGCGGGCGGCCGCCUGAGCGAGGACGCGCAGGAGCUACCGCCGUACGCGUUCGGGGCGCCGACGCGGGCGCGGGUCAUGCCGCCGCCGUACAGCGACCUGUACCCCGUCGCUGAGGAGAGGCGGGACUAA